UCAGGGUCUUUGCAGACCUUCCUAUCAACCCAGAGGAAAAUGUGAAGAUAGAAAAAAAUAACAAUAAUGAUCCCAAAAUCAUUGGGCAGGGUUCUGACUGAAUGUGUUUUUCCUUUUCUUGCUCUCCAGUCCUUUGUGAGACACAGAUGGACAAGCAGCUGAUGCAGGAGGCAGUUUUCCUCUCUGCGCACUCAUGCUAGGACCCGAAGGCAUCUUGAAAUAGAAAUUCAGAGGAGGAGGAGGAGGACAGAACGGAGGGAGAGAGAGUGGAGGGGACAUGAGAGAGAGCACUGCUAUGCCAGGCUCAAUACCUAGCAUGGCUGUACAGAAGAAGCAGAGUGUCGUCCCUCCAUCGCAGGGGCCACUUUCUACAUCGACUGUCCAGAGCCAGAGGGUCGGACACAGACCCGAAGGAACGCGAGAGAAUGGCUCCUAUUUCAAAGCGAGUCCUCCACAGACGAAUAAAACGACCAGCUCUGCCAACAAGUCCGUCCAAAUCUGCAACGCUACCCUGCGGGUUUGUGCAGCUGGUAACGGGCUGAACGUCGACGAACGGCUGAAAGCAGCGCGAGAAAGACGAGAGGAGCAGCAGAAGUUGCUCGUCUCCCGGGAGCUGAGCCGACUGGAGCGGGAGCAGCGAGCCAGGCGCUACUAUGAACAACAACUGCAGGAGCGGAGGAAGAAACUCCUGGAGCAAAGGCUGAAGGAGGAGAGGAGGCGCGCGGCCGUGGAGGAGAAACGCAAGCAGAGGCUGAGGGAGGAAAAGGAGCGACAUGAAACCACCGUGCGCAGGACAAUAGAGAGGAGCCGGAAGGCCCAGCAGCAGCUCAGUCAGAGCUCCAGAGGCAGGAAGUCCGUUAAAAACGCUCCGCGUCGCGUGCCUCUGACGGCGUGGGAGAGAGAUCUGGUCAGUCGCCUCCUCACCCCGACAUGCUCCUAUCUGGCCAGAAGCAAGAGCGCCGCCUGUAGGUCCGGAGUAGAAAAAGUUGUCCAUGUUUGUCGCCGUGCAGCGUCGUGCCAGCCAACGGCUGCCACCCCAUCCUCCGCCAUUCUCACUCCCAAACCCCGACAUCAGUCAGUCCCAGUUUCAGUCCGCCGCGGGCCGCCUGCCUGGCCUCCCUGCACCGGCAGCCAGCAACCUCACAUCAGCCCCGCACAGACUAAAAAGGCAAGACAGGAAGCCGUGAAGAAGACCCCCGAGAGCGCCUCUGCCAAAAGAUUGUCCGCUUCUGCCGUCAAUGGUGUGAAGUCGCCCUCCUCCGCUCUGAGCAGAACGGCCUCCCCGUCACCGGAGCGGAGUCCCAGAAGAUCCGUCAGCAGGCACUCCACCCCCCUGCACCUCGAGCUCCCAGCUGUUCCCGAGGAAGACGCUGCCGUUUGCUUCUCUGCUGGUAACACGCGGCCUGUCAGCGCACCAGAUGAAGGUCAACAACAGACACACAGGCAAGAGAAUCUCACUGAGACGCCAUGUCUAAAGCUGCCUGACGCACAGGCAGAGGGCUCCACCGGGACAGCAGCAGAUGGAAAGGUCAUGCUUCGUCCUUCAGCUGGCACCACCGACCCGAAGGAGGCCUCGCGACUUCUGGCUGAAAAGAGGAGAGAGGCCCGCAUGCAGCGGGAGAAAGAGGAGCAGGAGCGCCUGCAGAGAGAGGAAGCAGAAAGGCGGAGCCGCGAGGAAGAGCAGCGCAGGAGGGCAGAGGAGCAGGCUCGACAGGAGGCCGAGGCCAGGCGUCUCGUGGAGGAGAAGAGGAGGAGAGAGGAAGAGGACCAGAGAAGAGCUGAAGAGGAGAGAGCUCAGGCAAUGAGGGAGGCCGCCCUUCUGCAGAAGCAGAGAGAGGAGGAGCUGGCCAAAGAGCGAGAACGAGCUGAACAAAUGAAGCAAGAGCGAGCGAUCGCUGCACAGAAAGAGGAGGCCGAGCGCCAAGCAAGGAAAAAGCGACUUGAGGAGAUCAUGCGGAGAACCAGAAGAGCAGAUUCACCAGAUACGAAAUCUGUGUCGGCGCGGAUCCUACCGAAGGAGAACACACAACCUCCGCACAAUGGGACGAUAGAGGACGCCGCCAAGACGCCGGUGGGGACUAAAGCCGCUCAGCUGGGGUUGGGCAACGAGGUCGACGUGGUACCUGUGGUGGCCUUCAAGGAGCGGCGAUCCCUCAGGGCGCUCUCGGGCCUGGAGGAGAUCCAGACCAAACAGAGAGCGGAAGUCAUCUGAGGUCGUCGUGAGGCGUCUACUGUCCGGGGAAGUCUUCAGAAAAAGCUGCGUUUUUAUUUUUUCCCCGCGCAGCUCCAGCACAGCCGUCCCGCUUCCUUUCAGCGCCUCCAAGGAGCAUGCAGCAUUACAGCUUCGCCUCUCGGCGAGGAUGUCUCGCAGUAGCCAGCGGCACAAAAAUAACAAAAAACAAACAAAAACACUCAGCAAAGUUCUCAUCCCUUUACAGCAGGAUUCGAAUCAAACAGACUCAAAGUGAGGCGUCGCUGUACUUUCUGCUGUUAGUUUGCUAGUGGAUGCAGUCGGUUUGAAUAAUUGCUAUUUUAUCAGUAAGAACUUGUCCAGAUUUUGUUUUUUAGCUUAAGCCUGAUAUUACUUACUGCUGACUCAGCACUACUUUUCCUUUUCCCCCCUCAGUGGAACUUGAAUGAAAUCGAGAUGCGGUUCAGAGCUCGGUGUCGCCGCGUUGCGAUCUCAAUCUUGAACUUUUGUCAAAUAUAGCAAUCGUAUAUAUAAGAAGCUACUACAACGGUACGGUUUCCAAAGAUGGGCUUUUAAUUUUGUGUGUAUGGUAUCUUAUAGGCGAGAAUGCAACAAUGCCUUUUGUUUUUAUUUCUGUUUUGCACUCAGUUGCUUCAGACAGCUGUAGGUUAAAAGCUUUUUAAGCAGAGAAAUGCAUAAAAAUUGUGUCUUAAACUUGAUCCUGUACCUUAAGGACUGUUCUAGACUAUCACAUGUUAGCUUUACAAAAGUGUUCAAGUACAUGGCAGAUAUGAUUAAAGCUGAUGCCACA